GAUUUCUUCCACGUAUUUCCCCACACCGAUGUGCUGCUGCUUGGACGCUGUCUGUGAAACUGCAUCCCUCCCUGCUGCUCUUCCAGCGAAUGCAUCCUUUCGAUGGGGGAUAAGGUGGGCCUACGUCACGCUGAUCGACAAGAGGUCGGCAUUUACAUAAGCCUGGUCUUUAACGACAACCUGUCAGUGCAAGGCCACUUAAGAUCAAGAUGAGACAGAACAACUGAUCACUGGCUGACCCAGCCCACGUGACUGUCACUGGUCAUUCAUAUCACCGGCGCGCGGACGCCCCCCAAUCCGCGACUGAUUGAAGGAGGCAGAAGCGUGGCGAGUGCUACCACGUUAAUCAGUCCCCGGGCCCAAAGAUCUGUCAGUGUGGCAGCCACGCGCAAAGACGCCCAGGAAGAUGCCACAAUGAGCACAUUCCUAGAUUUCUCGGCCAUAAGUGGUGGUGGAGAUGCGGGUGGCGGGGGCUCGUGCUCAGUCAGAGCGUUUCAUGGCGACCACGGACCACUUUCAACGUUUCAGUCAUCCUGUGCUGUCAGGGUAAAUGGCUGCGGCGGGGACGAGAGGUACAUGUCCAGUAGAUCAUCCCAAGACGCAAUUAACCCUCAGCCUCACCAAGCCGGCUCGUACCAGUCCCCCGGGACCCUGUCAAUCACCUACAGCGCCCAUCCGAGUUACGGGACUCAAAGUUUUUGCGCCGGAUACAGUCACUAUGCCCUAAAUCAGGACGUGGACUCGUCUGUGAGCUUCCCCCAGUGCGGCCCGCUAGUUUACUCUGGAAAUAUUUCCUCCACGGUGGUGCAGCACCGUCACCAUCGCCAUGGUUACAGCAGCGGAAACGUUCACCUCCACGGCCAGUUCCAGUACGCCUCGGCCACGUACGGUAAUAGCUCGGAUCAGGCAAACCUAACGUUCGUGGCGGGCUGCUCAACUCCGCUAUCCCCUCUGCACGCGGCUCAUCACGACUCGUGCUGUUCACCCCUGUCGGAUGGCGUGUCACCAGGGCAGACGUUUGACUGGAUGAAGGUUAAACGGAACCCGCCGAAAACAGGGAAGGCUGGGGAGUACGGAUUUGGCGGGCAGCCAAACACCGUGCGCACCAAUUUUACCACAAAACAGCUGACGGAGCUCGAAAAGGAGUUUCAUUUCAAUAAGUACUUGACCCGCGCGAGGCGGGUGGAGAUCGCGGCCGCGCUCCAGUUAAACGAGACUCAGGUGAAGAUUUGGUUCCAAAACCGCCGCAUGAAGCAAAAGAAGCGAGAAAAGGAAGGUCUUCUGCCCAAAUCUCAGGCGGAGACGAAGGAUGGCCACGAAAAGCAGGAGGACGCGUCCGAAAAGUCACUCUCCGCACCACCCACCCCCUCUCCCUCUUCCCCGACUGUAGACGCCUACACCUCGAAUUAAAAGGCUCCCGCGUUUGUUCUGACAACCUGUUAAUGUUAGUGACUCUCGUGUCAAGGUUAUUGUCAAAAUCGUCAUGUGACAUUACAGAGACCAGCGGGCGAUUUACAGAUCAGUAUUCACCUGUGCUGCUUUGCGUCGUCGUGAAAUGACUUUUAAUCGUCUUAGGGCACAUCGUCGAGCACCUAGAAAUAAGUUUCCUGCACUUAUUUUCGUGCACAGCAAGAACAAAUGCACUUUUACACGUCUUUGGUCGGACUUGCACCACUUGUCAAAAUACCUACCUCAAGAGCCAAAGGAAGCAGUGCAAUAUAUUUAAGAGACGAAUCGACUGUAUGUUUCGCCGAAGGCUUGUUUCAACGAACCUGACGACUUUUCUGCGUCGCGUUAACCCUGAUGUCGUGUGCGCAACGCGACGCGCAGCUGGUUGUCAUCCGGUCGUAACUGAGUUUUAUCAGUCAAAGAUAAAGGCUCAAGUCUCCUUUAGAAACAUGCUUUAGAACACGAUCAA